AUGAGAGCGGUCAUCCAGCGCGUGAAAAGAGCCUCUGUGACUGUCGACGGCGAAGUCGUUUCGUCUAUUGGCAAAGGCUUGGUGGUUUUCGUGGCAGUCAAGAAAGGCGAUGUCUGGGACGAAUUCAAGAAGUUCUCUCUGAAAAUCGAGAAUCUCCGUAUUUUCGACGACGAAAACGGCAAGAUGUGGGCCCGCAGUCUCCGCCAGCUCACAGACCACGAAUUGCUCCUCGUGUCCCAGUUUACGCUAUACGGCGACAUGAGAAAGGGCACCAGGCCUGAUUUGCACCUUUCAGCGAAAGCAGACGAGGCUAAGGCCACGUAUGACCGUUUUGUGGAGACGUGUCGGGGUCUUUUGGGCAAGGAGCGUGUCAAGGACGGUGUUUUUGGCGCCAUGAUGGACGUGGAGUUGGUGAACGAUGGCCCUGUCACAUUGACCUUUGAUGGAUCUGAUUAG